AUGUACUUUGCAAACCUUAAAAGGCUAUUGGAAGGCUGGCUGCUCUGCCUUUCCAAGACUCUGCUUUUUAUCAAGAGCACCGAGGACCAGGAGGAAGGAAUGAUUUCUGGGGUCCUGCCCAUCAGGGCUCAGGAAUCGGUGACGUUCCAGGAUGUGUCCGUGGACUUCACCCAGGAGGAGUGGAGAAGGCUGGACCCCGCCCAGAGGACCCUGUACAGGGAGGUGAUGCUGGAGACCUUCGAGAACUUGGUCUCUCUGGGGCUUCAAGUUUCCAAACCAGAUGUUAUCUCCCAGCUGGAGAGAGGUCGAGACCCAUGGACGCCAGAGGGAGAUGUCUCGAGAGGCGUCCGGACAGAUUCCCUUCAUCAUUAUGCUAAGUGUGAAAUCCAGGGUUCUACUCCAAUGCACAGCAUUCCCAUGGGAGCUCCAUUACAGCAAAGCUUACUAAAGGAUGGUCCCUGGUAUUCCAAGAUAGGAAAAGCUGGGGAGUGGAGUGUCAGGUUACAGAGACAGAAGGCUAAACAGGAGAAACAAUUCAAACAAGUAACAGUUACUCAUAGAAAAUCUUUGAAUAAGGUGAGUGUCCCAGAAUGCAAUACAUUUGGAAGAAGUUUUAAUCUGGGAUCAAUCUUUGUUUUACAGCCAAAAGUUCCUAUGGGAAAAAGCCUUCAUAAAUAUGAUACACCUGGAAAGAACAUAAAACCCUUUUCAGACUUAAUUAAGCGUAAUAGGAUCUCCUUAGGGAGUAAACUUUACAAGUAUAAUAAAUGCAGGAAGCCCUUCAGUUACCACUCCGACCUCAUUCAGUUUCGUAGACUCCAUUCUGGAGAAAAGCUGUAUGAAUGUAAUGAAUGUGGCAAAACCUUCAGCAGAAGGUCAUAUCUGACUCAGCAUCAGAGCAUUCAUACUGGAGAGAAGCCUCACAAGUGUGAUGCAUGUGGGAAAGCCUUCAGUCGGUGGGGAAGCCUUACAGAACACCAGAGAAUUCAUACCGGAGAGAAGCCCUAUCAAUGUAACGAGUGUGGGAAAGCCUUCAGUCAGAGGGGACAUCUGAUUAAACACCAGAGGAUUCACACGGGUGAGAAACCUUUUCAGUGCAAUGAAUGCGGCAAAGCCUUCACCCAGAGAGGACAUCUCAUUGACCAUCAGAGAACUCACACUGGGGAGAAGCCUUAUCAGUGUAAUGAAUGUGGGAAAGCCUUCAGUACAUGUUCUUCCUUUAUUAAGCACAAGAGAAUCCACAUUGUAGAGAUACCCCCUACCCAGUGUGAGAAGGCUCUCAAUCAGUGGGGAAGCCUGACUGAACAUCAAAGGAUUCAUAUGGGGUCAAAGCCCUUUGAGUGUGAUGACUGUGGGAAAACAUUUAGUCAGAGGGGAAACCUUAACAAACACAGGAGAAUUCACACUGGAGAGAAACCCUUUGCAUGCAACGAAUGUGGCAGAGCCUUUAGCCAGAGCGGACACCUUACUGAACAUAAGAGAAUUCAUACUGGAGAAAAACCCUAUCAGUGUAAUGAAUGUGGGAAAGCUUUCAGGCAAAAUUCAAACCUUACUCUGCAUCAGAGAAUUCACACUGGAGAGAAACCCUUUAAAUGUAAUGAAUGUGGGAAAACCUUUAGCCAUAGGACAUCUCUUAUUUAUCAUCAGAGAAUCCAUUCAGGAGAGAAGCCCUAUGAAUGCAGUGAAUGUGGGAAAGCUUUCAACCAGAGGGGAAAACUGACUGAACAUCAGAGAAUUCACACUGGAGAGAAACCUUUUGAAUGUAAGGAAUGUGGGAAAGCCUUCAGCCACAGGGGGAACUUUACUGAACAUAAAAGGAUUCACACUGGAGAGAAACCAUUUGUGUGCAAUGAAUGUGGGAAAGCCUUCAGCCAUUGGUCAUCCUCGAUUUAUCAUCAGAGAAUUCAUAAUGGAGAGAAGCAAUAUAAAAGUAACAGACGUGGCAAAGCCUUCAGUCAGAGGGGACAUCCUCUUACACAGCAGAGGGUUCACCCUGGAGAGAAACUCCCCAAAUUUCAUGAGUGUGCAAAAGCUUCCAGUGCUGCUGAACCUUUGAAAGUAUCAGGCCAUUCAUACUAAGUUAUAAUGACUAUGGGAAUUCAUUGAGGCAGAUUCAUUUCACCACAGACACUUCAGGCUGGAGAAUUCCUUGAAAAUUGUAAUGAUGUUGGUGAAGUUUCAUAAAGACUUGUCAUCUGUCACAUAUAAGAAAAUUGCAACAUUUGAUGGCUAUUGGUUGGUGCUUUUAGAUGUAAAGAUACUGUCCUUGCUGCAAUGUUUCUCUCUGCUAUCAUUGCAAGGGUGGGAGGUGGGGCACAUCACCUAAGUAAGGUCAGCUUAGGAAGCUGAUGCAGGAUCUGAACCAACUCUUAACCCAUGAGAUUAAAACACAUCAUUUGAUUUUUUUUUUUUGUUCUAAACUUUUAAAUAAGAAACAAAACAUACAUGAAUAUGACAAAAAAAAGUUAAAUUACAGAUUAAGUAAAUUCUAUUAUUUAAAAUUUAUUAAGCAUUUAACAAUUUAUAUUAACUAUGACAAGAUGACAACGCAAGCAUCCCAAUGGCUUCCUGGUCCUCUUCAGAAUGCUUUUUCUUCUGGUGAUUUUACACUGUAUGUUGCUAUUGCUGUUACUUAGAUCAUUUUAGAUCAGUGUUCUUUUCAUUUUUCUUGAUUUUAUUCGAUCUGUAUCACUUUUCAGAAACCUUCUUCAUAGUUCAUUGUAAUCUUUACAUUUAUCCUUACUGGAGGCACACUGGUAUUCCAUUAUAUUCACAUACCCAGAUGUGUUUAACCAUUCCUUCAAUCAUAAACACAUGAUUUUUUUUUUUUCCAGUUUGGGGUUAUUAGGACUAAUUCCCCUAUGAGUGUUUUUAGUAGUUUUUUUCUCUUUUAAAAAAUGUCCUUAGGGAUGGUCUCGUUCUAGAAGUAGAAUCAAUGAGUCAAGGCUAUUAAUACUUUUGUAGUAUUUGAUGUUUGUUUUAUAUUGCUUUCCAGAAAGUUUGGACCAGUGUACAGAUUUGUCACUGUAAUUAUGUGCCUAUUGUGAAUUUCACAGUUACAUCAUUGUUUAAUUUUUAUCAUUUGAUUGAAUUAUCUUUGCAAACUUAAGGAGUAUAAGGUUGUCUUUUGAAAUUGUAUAAUUUAUACAUUCAAUUAGAGGUGGAAUAAAUUUUCAACCCAGAUCAUUGUUAUUUUGCAAAACAAAUCUUUUAAUAUUCAAAGUAAAGGAAUAAAAGAUGGUUGAA